CCUCCUCCUCCUCCUGCUUCUCCUCCUUCCUUCCUUUUGCCAUGGGUCUGCUGAGCAUCCUGAAGAAGAUGCGGCAGAAGGAGAGGGAGCUGCGCCUCCUCAUGCUAGGCCUGGACAACGCGGGCAAGACCACCAUCCUGAAGAAGUUCAACGGGGACGAGAUCGACACCAUCUCGCCCACAUUGGGCUUCAACAUCAAGACGCUGGAGCACCGCGACUUCAAGCUCAACAUCUGGGACGUGGGUGGCCAGAAGUCCCUCCGCUCCUAUUGGCGCAACUACUUUGAGAGCACGGACGGGCUCAUCUGGGUGGUGGACAGCGCCGACCACCCCCGGCUGGAGGACUGCAAGCGGGAGCUGCAGAGCCUGCUGGUGGAGGAGCGCUUGGCCGGAGCCACCCUCCUCAUCUUUGCCAACAAGCAGGACUUGCCGGGCGCCUUGACCGCCACCGCCAUCCAAGAGGCUUUGGACCUGGAGGGCAUCCAGAGCCACCACUGGUGCAUCCAAGGCUGCAGCGCCUACACCGGAGAGAACCUCUUGGCCGGCAUCGAUUGGCUUCUGGACGACAUCUCCAGCCGGGUUUUCACCGCCGAAUGAGCACCCAUCAUUUCUGCUCUAGUUCGGACUGCACUCCGGACAGAUUCCGAACCUCUUCUGGGUCUUGUCCUACACUGCAGGGCAGGGCUGCGCAA